GCCCUCAGGUGGACUGCGACGCGGCUGUCGACCAGUGGGAGCUGGAGUGGUCGCACUGGAAGAAGCAGUGGUGCUGCCGACAAGCGGGCAUCGGUUGCCCUACAAACUCCAGCGCGGCGGUGUCCGACGCGGGCUCCCUGGCCGCCGCCCAGCCCGUGACGGUGUCGGACGCCACCGGGGGCCUGCAGCAGGCCGCCAGGCAGAGAGGCUUGGGAGGCACGGCCGUCGCCGUGUCGCUGGCGAUCGCCUGCGCCAGUGCAGUGGCGGCGCUCGCUUGGAGGCGGCACGCGGCGACGCGGCGCUCCGCGGUCGCGCUGCAGGCCCUGCCGAGGCACGUGUUCACGAGGCUGUCGGCCCCCGGCUGCGCCGAGUGAGCGCUGGCGAGGGGCAGGCCGCCCUGCAGAUGGUUGGGAACAACUGAUCAUUUUGUUGGCUACGUCGGAUUUCCGGGACCUCCGCUAUCACGGACGGCUCUCCUGGGCUUGGGCUGCAGCCUCAAGGGCCAGUGCCAGCCGAAGACGAGAUCAUCUUACUUCCGACGGCCAAGCCUGAGAGCGUCAGGGAGCUCGCAAUUUUUUGUCUGGCCUGCAGGGAGACCGCAAGAGCGUGACGUCUCUCAGCCCGCGUGCAAACACCCGCUCGGGUUGUGGAACAUCUCUCGCGCGUUCUGCCUCGCGAGUUGUGAGGCAGCUUUUGUCCCCAAUCAGUUGUUGCACUGGUCACUCGUAAUUGCAUGCAGCCGACUCUUGUCCCCGCGUAGUGGUUGCAUUCUUUCUGUUCACGCGUCUAGCGCUCCCCCUCGCUUCGUGCCCGCAGUGUUUCCAAGCCGCCCGCCUGUUUUUUUCAUGUUUUUAUAAUUCGCAAUGCAAGAUUCGGCGGCCUUUUGCUUUAGCCAAGUGCCGAAGCAGGCGCGCUUGUGCCGCCAGGGCCCCUCCUGGCCCCCCUCACCAUCUGAAAGGGAGGUGAGGGGCGUGUCCGCCGUGGGAUGGUUGGGAGCACCUGGGUGUGCCCAGGGCUCGCUGCCCCAAGACGCACGGGUAGGGGAAGCA